AUGGAGGACGCUUUCAAGGCUUUGCUCAGCUCAGUCCAUCAGGCCUCGCAGGAGUUGGCGCUCCUGACGCAAGACGAGGACAAGGAGGUGGUUGCACAUGAAGCAGGAGGAGGCCGGAAUCUGGUCUGCGCAGGUGAUCCAGCUUCCGGUGCGGAUGCAGCAAGCCAGCCAUCGCAGAGAGUGCCCUCUCAAGCUGCCCAUACAGAGAGUUCGGCGAGCAGUUCAGGCCAAGCGUCAGAGAGACGCGAAAGCCUUUCUGGCGCAGAUAGCCAUGACAAAACGCAGCUCGACAUGGUAUCGCAUGCAACAGGGUCCAGCGCGGACUCUGCAAGCCGGCAGUCGCUGAGAGAGGGUCUCGGGGUGCAGACCAAGCCUGUUGUGGGCGUGGCAGGAAUGCAUUGGGGUCAUGUGGACCUCAAUGCGGGCUUAGAUGACAGUGGCAUGCUGAAGCAGAUCAGCUUCAUGAGCAACGAGGAGAAGCACAGCCAGCUAUCACUGAAUUCUCGUUCUGCAGGCAGCCAGGCAGCAGGUGCCAGCCCAGUGUACCACGAGGGCUCUGAAAGCAGCGCGGGCAGCUUGGAGGACGAUCUGCCCGUGUUUGGUGCUUUGCCUUCUGCACACCCACCGGCAGACGAGCCUCUGCCGUCGUUUGGACCACCAACAUCGGCAUCGCGACCUUGGAGCCCUGGGCGGCCUUACUCAGGCAGCCAUAUGCAGUUGGAUCAGGAGUCAGACGGCUCCCUGGCUGCUGACAGUGACGGUGUCCUUGAUCUGGACUUCCUCUCCUAG